AUGGUGGCCCCGAUUAGAGGACUUGCAGGAGCUAUACGGAGAUCAUUCAUCAGCUUCAGCGGUGCCAGAGUGAAGCCAAAUUUUUGCCCACUUAUAGAGGACAUCGAGCAGAUUGGAGAGUACUCGUGGGGCUCCGGUACAUUGGCAAAUCUAUAUCGACAGUUGGGUAUGGCUUCACGAGCUGAUGCGAAACAGAUUUCCGGAUGUCUGACAUUGUUAGAGUGUUGGAUAUACGAGUAUUUUCCGAAUUUUCGACCUCCGACGGUUAAAGCACACGUUAUAGGAGAGCCGUGGUGCAUGAGGUGGCAUAUAGCAGACGUGGUUUAUUGGACUCCGUUUGGUCCAAAUGUGGCACGUGAUGUCGAGAAGACACUCCAUCACGGUACUAUCAGGUUCAUGGAUACGAUCGAGUCUUACAUGUCCGAUAGAGUCUUGCGCCAAUUCGGCUUUCGACAAAUUAUUCCGGCGUCCCCUAUUCAACCGAUGUGUGGUUCUAAGAGGGAAAGAAAAAUUGUUUCGUAUAAAGUACGUUACGAGUCCAAUGAUCAUGCAUGGAGUAUCCCAAACGUGCACAGACUUGAGCAGACUUACUACGGUCAUAGGGCGGAUCCAGCUUGGGAGGUUGCUACAGAUUACAUGGAUUGGUAUAUACCUCGUACUCACCUUCGUGUAGAUCCCAGUACCGAUUUAUUGGAGAGAGCAGAGCCGUCUCCAGUUCCAUUCGUGUACGACAUCACAUGA